AUGAGCCCCCAGGAGAGUUCUGUCCACCCUUUCCAAUUCCUCCUGUUGGUGGGGAUCCCUGUGGCCAGCGCUUUCCUUCUGGUUCAGUGCCUUCGACGGCACUGUUCUCGGUGGCUGCCAGAGGCCUGCCAGAAGCCAGAUGACCAGGAGGAAACAGUGUCCCCACCCACUCCGUCACCAGAGUAUGAGCUCCCAAGGCAGAGCCCACCCUCCACACUACCGGAGGUGGCUGCAUUCUACCAGGAACUGCACACGCCCACCCGGGGCCAGACCAUCACGCGCCAGCUGAUGCAUAAGCUACUGGUGUAUUCUGCUCGAGAGGUGGAUCACCGCGGUGGAUGCCUGAUGCUGCACAACACAGGCAUUUCUCUGCUCAUCCCACCAGGUGCUGUGGCGGUGGGUCGCCAGGAGAGAGUGUCCUUGGUUCUGGUGUGGGACCUGACAGACGCCCCUUCUUUGUCUCACAGACAGGGACUCGUGAGUCCUGUGGUGGCAUGUGGCCCUCAUGGGGCCUCUUUCCUGAAGCCUUGCACCCUCACAUUCAAGCACUGUGCCCAGCAGCCCAGUCAGGCCUGUGCCUACAGCAGCAACACUUCCUUGCUGGACGCCAAGCACUGGAGGCCUCUGGGUCGGCCGGGGGCUUAUACCUCCCGGGAUGAGUGUCGUAUCCUGCUCUCUCACUUCAGCCUCUACACCUGUGUUCUGGAGGCACCCCUGGGCCAGACAGCCCGCAAGUGGCUGCAGCUGGCAGUGUUCUGCUCCCCACUGGCGCCGGGGCAGACCCACCUGCAGCUGCGUGUCUAUUUCCUGAACAAUACCCCCUGUGCCCUGCAGUGGGCUAUCACCAAUGAACAGCCCCAUGGCGGACGCAUGCGUGGGCCCUGCCAGCUCUUCGACUUCACUGGGGCCAGAGCAGACCAGUGCCUGAUGCUCAAGUACAUCUCUGAGGGCUGGGAAAAUGUGGAUGACAGUAGCCGCCAGCUCGUUCCCCAUCUUCAUAUCUGGCAUGGAAAGUGCCCCUUCCGUUCUUUCUGCUUCCGGAGAAAGGCAGCCAAUGAGAAUCAAGACUGCUCGGCAUUGACCAAUGAGAUCAUUGUCACCAUGCAUACCUUCCAGGAUGGCUUGGAAACCAAGUACAUGGAGAUCCUCAGAUUCCAGGCGUCAGAGGAAGAGUCCUGGGCGGCACCGCCUCCUGUCUCUAAGCCACCCCCGUGCAAUAGGCUGCCCCCGGAGCUCUUUGAGCAGCUGCAGAUGUUACUGGAGCCCAACAGUGUCACUGGGAAUGACUGGCGCAGACUGGCCUCCCACCUGGGGCUCUGUGGCAUGAAAAUCCGGUUCUUGUCUUGCCAGCGCAGCCCCGCCGCGGCCAUCCUGGAGCUGUUUGAGGAACAGAAUGGCAGCCUGCAGGAGCUUCACUACCUCAUGACCUCCAUGGAGCGGUUGGACUGCGCCUCGGCCAUCCAGAACUACCUGAACAGAACCCCCCGGGGCAGCCCUGCCAUGAUGCACGGAGGCACCUGGGAGAACGGUGGCUUAGAGCUGGAUGAGAAACUCUAAGCACGCCCCGCGGGGCCUCGCGGGGUCCUGCAGUAGACCUGGCCGUGCGUAUGAGCUCAGGGUCAAUGCCGCAGACGCGCGUGGACCGAACUGGACCCCGGAGUGAGGCCAGACAGCCCUGUAUCAGGACUGCUCUCCAUCCACUGGCCAACUUUGUCCUGCAUGCAGGUUCCCUCCUGGCCGGUAGGGGGCGCGAGAGUCUGGGAGAUGACCACAGCCCAGCCAGCUUCCAAAAAACGCCGUUUAAUUUUCUCGUGGACUGCCAGGUGGCCCUGCGGGCACACUGAGGUGAAGACGGCUCAGUCCACAAGUAUUCAAGGAGCACCGAGUCUCAAGUCUCAGCACCAAGCUGGAAUCAUGAGGAAUGUCGGCUUCUUUGAACUUGCCCUGGGGAGUCUGUUCUGCCGACUGGACAUGCACUCACCACCAGCUGAGGGCAACAUUCUAGGAAGCGCCUCCCUAUGGCUAGGGGAUGCCGUGGGUGUGGAGCUGUGCGUAGCUUUGAGUUGAGAAGGGUGGGCGCUGAAGAUGGGCUGGAGCAAAGAGAGG